ACGUAGAUCACUUUUUCUUUUGCAGUGUUAGCAUAAAGUUUGUAAAAAAAAAUUUUGUUCUUGAGUUCAAAUGUAAUAAUGAAUUUUUAUAAUUCGUUUUCUACCUUGGUAUGGAUGUUUAUCAUCGUAAAAUUAAACGUAUCAAAAAUAGUUCCAUUUCAAAAUGGGGAUGCGAGAGAUUGGCGUGAAGCUGGAGAUGAUGCAAAUCUUGCGAAAAUCAAUAGUUUUCACACGAUAAUAAUUGAUGAAGAAAAAUUAAAUUUUGAGCAUUAUUGCACUGGAAAAUGCGAGACUCUUACUAUCUAUGGUCAAUUCGGUGCAACAAGAUCCGAAUACCCAAAUGACUGUCGUGGGAUGCUCGUUCGUUGCUGGCUUCACGAAGAAACUCAAAAACGUAAAGAUGCCCAAAGUAAUUACGACAGUGUUGUUUAUUCCGAUAGGCUCGCAGCGUCGCUUACCUUGAGCUCAUCAAAUAUAAAAAUUGUAAAGAAAGCUCACGAUCGACUUGACCACACUGGAAAUUUAUGUAAAUGUUUAUGUUAUCGUAUUUUUGAUCAAGAUUCUUCUGAUCCUAAUGAUAAACGAGAAAAACUGAUUGAAAAUCUUUGUUUGGAUCCCGUUUCGGCAGAUAAAGAUCAUGUCGUAACUGGCGUUAGAUUUAAGAGAUAUGAUAACACGAUCUACUUGGAACUUCAACAAGCGAAAUUUAUUAACAAUCGAAUUGUCACAACGCCACAGUGGAAAACUUCACUUUAUUGUCAAAAUAGCAUAUCUCUUGCUAAUGAAUCUUUCUGGGGUUUGAAGGAAAAUUUCAACAUUAUAGCAGAAGAUCUAAUUUUGCCGGAAGAUGCUGUUGUAACGGGCGUCACACUUGGUCAGUCAUUGCGCGGAAGAUACAUCAAUGAAAAUGGAAAUUUUGAUAAGAACAGAAAGGAAUUCACAAAAGCCACUCAAUGUGUCACUAAAUGUCCAGACAAUUUGAAUGAACUGUGUAAGUUUAGCAAGCGGCCAUCUUUUCGUAAUGCAGAUUCUAGUGACGAAAAUCCACGUGUGUCUACCGCCACUAAAGGAAAUUACGAACGCAGUGAGUCAUGUAAAACUCGGAUAUAUUUCCGACUUAUUUCUGCAACUGAGAACGACAUGCAAAACAUUGUUCCGUACCUCGAUUUACAAGAAGUUGCUUCCAACCCCGCUGAACCAAUUCGUGGAGUUGGUUGGUAUCAUCGCGGUUUUCCCGGAUAUGGAGGAUUUCUUGCUCUUAAGAUUUUUAAAAAAGUGUAAAAAUAAAAGAUUUAUUUUGCC